AUUUAGCAAUAAUCGAUGGGGUUAUGGCUUUUAGCGGCCGAUUUCGAUCUCUCGUCGCCGGUGUCUGAAUCCGGAGCGGAGUCAGCGUGGAGGUAGUAGAGGCGCCGGGAGUGAGGGGAGCAAGGAGGUCAGCGGGAAUCGGGAGGUGGAAGCUCGAGGGAAGAUCUAUGCUCGCGGCGCCGGACGAGGAUCACAGGAAGAGGGACCGGGGUGGUCCGGGCGCAGGAGCAUGCCCUCCCUAGGGUUCGCCGUUGUUGCGCUCUUCCUUUGCCCGCUCUUGACGCUGCUGGCUCGGCGCAAGUGGCGGCGGGCCGAGGCGAGGCGGGCGGAGGUCAUGCGGCUCGCGCUCCUCGCGGCGGAGGAGGCUGUGCAGGCGGAGGAGGAGUAUUUGCGUGUGGUCCUUGGGCGCGGUGGGGUCAUCCCGGCCGCGGAAGGCGGGGUUGCUGGGCCGAGAGGGGGAGUGUGUGCUGUAUGCCACAUCCCUACCACGAUGAGGUGCUCUCGAUGCAAAGCUGUGAGAUACUGCACAAGAAAAUGCCAGAUAAUCCAUUGGAGACAAGGACAUGAGAAUAGUUGUGGUCGCCCACGUAUUGAUGAUAGUUUUGGUGCCCAAGUUGGUAUCACACCAUUGAAUGGGUUAACAGGUGAUGGAUCUGAUUUGUAUAAUGAUUAUCCAUACAUUGAAGGAAAUUACCAGACGUUAGUAAUGACAUCCAGCAAGAAGCUAUCAACUAAGUCAAGCUACUCGUCUGAAGCUUUUAGUGAUGAUGAAUUCUUGGACUCAUCUGGAACAGAAAGCGCGUCUGAUUCAUCUGAUUCUUCAUCAUCGAGCUAUGUGGUGCUCUCUGGCCCUGUUAAACCAUUAGAUGACUUUUCUUCUGUUGUUUGUGCCAGUGUACACCACAAAUCUGGAAGUGAAAUUGAAUCAUCUUCUAACGGUUCACAUGAUACUUUGUCUUCUAAUGUCUCACAUGAUAAAGUAAGAACAGAAGUUGAGCGCAAAGUACCUUUAUUUGAGGCUAAAAGUGCUGAAUAUACCCCUUCAAACUCAAAGCUUACAGAUUCUGAAAGCUGUUUAAAUCAUUCAAAUAUAACUCAAAGUUCCGCUCUUGUUAAUGCAACAGAUUCCACAACAUUCACAGAGAGAGAGCACAAUAUCUUGGAUGCCAAUUCACAUGUGACUGUUUCCAACGAGCUUUCUGAUGAGGCUAUAUGCUCUGAAAGAAAGUCAAGGAAUGAAAUGCUUUCUUUACGAUCUUUGUCAGGAGUGGCCCAAACUGUCUAUACAAGCUCUACAACUUCUAUAAAUGAAUCAGGUCUUUCUUAUGGUUCAAAAAGUCACAGUGCGCAGCUAGUUAAGUCUAAAAGUUUGAUGUCUCUAUCACCAGCCUAUGUUACACAAGCAUCUCCUGCUGGACACUUCAAAACAGACUAUGCAUCUAGAAAAGAGGAUAACCAUCCUAAAGCUCCUGUGAGAUUUCAUCACAAUGUAGGAUCUCGUUCGAGUGACAUUAAAACAUCUGUUCAAAGAGUUGUUCAACAGUUAAAGCUUUCAAAGAUCUCAAAGCAACAUACAUCUAGUUUCAACAAUGAUUCUUCCAAAAGACUGAAGAUGCUUUUCCCAUUUGAGUACUUUGUCAAAUUGUACAAUUUUGACAAAGUGGUUCUACGUCCUAGUGGUCUAAUAAACUGCCACAACUGCUGUUAUGUGAAUGUUGUGCUCCAGUGUUUGGCUUUUACUACGCCACUUGCUGCUUAUCUUCUUGAAGGAGUCCAUUCAAAAUCAUGCCCCAAGCGAGGAUGGUGCUUCACAUGUGAACUAGAAAAUCUUCUUAUGAAUGUAGAGGCAGGAAAUUCUCCCUUAUCUCCUGCUGGCAUACUUUCUCACAUACACAAAAUUGGUAGUCAUCUUGGUCUUGGAAGAGAAGAAGAUGCCCAUGAAUUUUUGAGAUAUGUCAUUGAUGCAAUGGAAUCUGUUUGCCUUAAGGAAGCUGGCUUACACUCUGUUGAUGGGUGGACUGAAGAAACUACCUUCAUACAACUAACUUUUGGUGGUUACCUACUCUCAAAGAUAGAGUGUCUGAAGUGCCGCAAUAGAUCUGAGCGUUUUGAAAGAAUGAUGGAUCUUACAUUAGAUAUAGAAGGAAAUGUUGGAACACUUGAAGAAGCUCUCAGAAAAUUUACGAUGACUGAGGUUUUGGAUGGAGAGAAUAGAUAUCAUUGCCCAAGUUGCAAAUCGUAUGAGCGAGCGAAAAAGAAAUUGGCAAUAGUUGAUGCCCCUAAUAUCCUUACAAUUGCCUUGAAACGGUUUCAGUCUGGUAAAUUUGGUAAGCUCAAUAAAGCUGUUCGUUUUCCUGAAUACCUGGAUUUAGCUCCUUAUAUGCGCGAAACAACUGAUAAAUCUUUGGGGUACAAGCUUUAUUCUGUGGUGGUUCACUUGGAUGUUAUGAAUGCUGCUUUUUCUGGCCACUAUGUGUGUUAUGUGAAGAAUAUACAAGGGAAAUGGUUUAAGACGGAUGAUGCUGUGGUAAAAUCCAUGGAGCUUGAACAAGUCAUGUCAAAAAAUGCAUACAUGCUUUUAUAUGCAAGAUGUUCACCGCAUUGUCCAAGCUUGACAAGUAAGACCUUGUCCCUAGACCAAGUAUUGACUAAGAGGAGCAAGUCAAGAGAAGCUUGUUCUUCUGGUUAUGACACAGAAGAAACAAGUUAUAACCCCAUAACCACGACGCCUAAUCAACACCAUGAUGAACCAAAUCAGAUGGUUGAUUAUGGUUUCAGCCUUAAACCUUGUAAUUCCAUUGAUGGAAUGUUUCAUUUCCCAGACAGAGAUUCUUCGAGUGACAGUUCUUCCCUAUUCAGCUGCUCAGAUGAGGCUUCCUGCAGUACAGAGAGCACGCGAAACUCAACAAGCACUGAAGAGUUCUCAGACUUCAUAUUUGGGAACUUGGAUCAACAAGCUCGGCAGAGUCCUUCGAGAUUCUCAGAUUUCUCGGACAGCAGUGGAGGCUCCCCCUUGUACUCAACCCACUCAUAUGCAGCGGCAAAUCAGAAUGUAGAUAGUGUUGCUGCUGAUAGGAUAUGGGAUGAUGGCAGAGAGCAGUGUCUGGAUGAGGGAGCAUCUUCCUUUUUGUAUUCCCACACUAUUAAUCAUAGUAAACUAACAGGACGUAGGAGUAGAGAGACUGAUGUGAUUAUCCCAACUAAACUAAAGUCCAGUGUAUUGAGAAGAAGCUCUACCCUUUGGGGAAGAACAUCUGAUUCUUCUUAUCGAUAACUCUCAGCUGUAUAUGUGUAGGUAGAGUAGGCUGUAUUAAUCUAUUAUAAUUUUGCUUACUGUGGAAAUUAGUCUAUUCCAUCCUCUGUAUACCUUGCUAAAAUAAGGAGGGACAAACAAAAUAUUCAUUUCAUGAGAAUUCUGAGACUUGUUUAUGAAAUCACACAGUUUAUUAUUCUUUUCA